AUGUCCGCCGCCACCGUCCGCCCUAUCCGCCGCCGCGUGUCCCAGCGCCUCCCGCAUCGCGUCGCCUCCCGCGGCCCGCCGGGGCCCAGGCAGGGCCCGCCCGGCCCGAUCCGGCCGCGCAGCCGCCCCUCGUCCUCCCGCUCGCCCGUGCCCCGAGGCGCCCCGCACCACCGUGCCUCGCCGCCGACCCCACCGCCUCGUCGGGGCUGCCCCGCGCACCUCGCCGCCGGUCGCCGCCGACCCCGCCUCGCCGGAGCCCGCGCCGGCCAGAUCUGGUCAAGUGGGACCAGUUCCACCCCGUUCCCCAUCCAAACGAUGCACCCGUCCCGUACAUCUCCAUCCCGGAAGCCCGAGAUCCAGUUUUCCCGCGAGGUCUAA